UGGAGCAGCUGCUGCCCUUUUCUGGGCUGCCUCAAGCCCCCUUUGCGGCCCUCGCUACUAAAGAUAGCUGAGCCUCCUGGUCUUGCAGCCGCCCGGCCGGAAAAGGCUCCCUCCCAGACUAGGCCAUGGCCUUGCUGUGCUACAGGAAAGGCUGCGGGCAGAGCUUUGACCCCGAGGAGAACAACCAGGAUGCCUGCCUCCACCACCCCGGCUUCCCCAUCUUCCAUGAUGCCUUGAAGGGCUGGUCUUGCUGCAAGAAACGGACGACCGACUUCUCUGAAUUCCUCUCCAUAAAGGGCUGCACGAAAGGCUACCACAGCCACGAGAAGCCUCUGGAGCCAGAGGAGGCCUCAGCCCAGCCCAAGAACAAGCCGUGCACCGCAGACCUGGUUCCGGAGCCAAAGUCCGCUGAGGUGCUGCAGCGGGAGAGGCCCAGCUCCGACGAGCCCAAGCAGCCGUUACUGGUGAAGGUGUCCCAGGCACUGCAGCAAGUCCUGGAGAAGCUGGACAUAUCCACGGCCAUGCAGCCUGCCCCGCACGGCUUACCCAGCCCUGGGGGCGGCUCAGAGACGAGCACCGGCACAGCCUGCAAAAACGCCGGCUGCCAUGCGACUUUCCAGGGGGAGGAGAGCAAGACGGAGACCUGCCUGUUCCACACAGGGGUGCCCGUCUUCCAUGAGGGCAUGAAAUACUGGAGCUGCUGCGGGAUCAAAACGACAGAUUUUGCCGCAUUCCUGGAGCAGAAGGGCUGCAGCAGAGGGAAGCACACCUGGGUGACGCGGCAGGAGGAUAAGAAGCUGGUCUCUUGUCGGCAGGACUGGCACCAAACCAGCAGCCAAGUGGUGGUCACCGUCUAUGCCAGGACCCCCCUGCCCCAACUCAGCUCCAUCAAGGCCAAUCGCACAGGGCUGGACAUCCGGGUAACCUUUGAGGGGGAGAAGUUCUUCCAGGCCCAGCUGGAUCUCUGGGGGGUCAUCAACGUGGAGAAGAGCUUCGCCAGCCUGUUGCCUUCCAAGGUGGAAAUCGCCCUGAAGAAAGCGAGCCCUGUUGCCUGGGCUAGGCUGGAGCAGCCAGAGAGCCAAGCCGAGGCCCUUCAGCCACCACCCCGGGAGGAGGCUACCCGAGGCAGCUUCCUGGAAGGCCCCCUGGAGGAGUCAGACGACAGCCUGGACUGGUCUGAGGAUGAGGACUGAGGGGGCAGCUGAGCCAGGCUGAGGAGCAGGAGGAGGCCGGGCUGGCUCUGGGACUGCAGGAGGGCAACAUCACCUCGGAGAGUUUCACCCCUGCAGGAGGGCCCUCUCUUGUCCUGAAAUAAAAGCAACUUCUUUCAA